CACUCUCGAUCUCCCUCUUUCCAUUUCUGCUAAGGAGCCGAGUUCACUCAUUGUCGGGGGCCCGGUUGCCGCCGUGAUUGUCAGUUGUUAUACCCUUAUUCUAACUCAACGCCGCGGAACCCAAGGCUCGCACGGGUUUUCGAACCUUCCCCGCCUUGUAAACUCACCACCACCUUGUCCUCCCUUCUCCGGGCAGCGCCCUGACCCUUUCCAAUGCCCCCUUCCCCAAACCAAUCGCUCCACGAUGGCCACCAUCGAGCCAUGGCUCACGAACCUCCUCAACGCCCCCAAAACUCCUGAUUCUCCAUCGAUACAGCCUGCACCCUUCACUGCGGCCUCAAGCCAGUCCAUCUCGCUCCCCCCACUCGUGCCCGAACUCAGCGGAAGCCACAGACCCGACAGGUCUGCUCCGACUCAGAUCGCUUCUCUGUGCGCUGCCGACGACAAUCACCUCGUCAAGCCACCAUUCGGUCGAGUCGAUGAUGCGCUUGGCUUACACACUGUCUCCAUCCGACCCCUCCAGCUCCUGCUCAGGGAACCUCAGCCGACACCACCGGCGGUCCCCUUGCGCAAGAUCGUGGACGAUGUACCGGCGAGUCCCGAGGAUUCGUCGACCAAGAAACGCCACAGACCACUCACUGCCAAGGAGGAUUUUGUGCAACUGCCAAAGCUACCCAAGAAACAAAAGUCGGCCCAACAGGUCGUUCCGCCCAUCAUCGCCGGCCUCCACGAACCGCCCCCCGAUCCCGCGGUUUUCCCUCCCAUCACAUCGACAUCCUUCGACGGCAACAAGAGUUUUGGUUUGGGGGCAUGGAAGGAUAUCGGUAGCAGUCAAAGUGAAGACCGCCCGGGCGUGUCUUCUACCGUUGAACCCGAGCCGAGCAAUCCUCCGAAGCCGAAGAGACGUCCCAUGAAGCCGCGAAGGAAAUGGACUGAGGAGGAAACCAACAACCUGCUGCUCGGGGUUAGUCGCCACGGAGUCGGGAGGUGGACAACUAUCCUUGAAGACCCCGACUUCCAGUUCAACGACCGGACAGCUGGGGAUCUGAAGGACCGAUUCAGGACGUGCUGCCCAGAUGAACUGCGGUUAACCACAUCCAAUGAAAAAUUUAGGGCUGGUCUUGGGGAGUCAGGUGCAUCGGCAGCUUCGGAAGGGAAUACAAGGCAUAAGAUUGGACUACAUCUGGAGGAUAUUCUGCUACCCACCGGGGACGAGUCAGUCGACAACGAUGGGGCUUCGCCAUCCGCGGCUGCAGACUUUGAUGCGGUGCCUAAGAAGAGGAAGCCUCGAGCCCAUCGCAAGAAGUUGGAGGAUCUCGCUGAGCUGGGCAUCCAUGGUCCGUUCGAGAAGUCGCACCGACGGAAGCGUCGGCCUUUCACCAAGCAGGACGACGAGGCGAUUCUCGAUGGCCUCAACCAGUACGGUCCCUCCUGGACCAGGAUCCAGCGGGAUCCCAAGUACAAUCUCUCGAGCCGCCAACCUACAGACUUGCGCGACAGGGUUCGCAACAAGUACCCCGAGAUUUACGCCAACAUCGAAAAGGCCAACCUGCUCGAGAAAGCUGCGCGGGGCAAGGCGGACCUCCUUGAGCCGUCCGUCCACCUGGCCGCGGACACCGCCAUCCUCGCGCCACUGGAGCCUCCGCCGAACCGGUCAGGCUCCAGGGAAGACUUGCUGCGACGCACAGCGACGCCUUCGGCCUACGAGUCUACCGAGUCGCUGCCUGGCCUCGCCGACCUCUUCGACGUGACGGAGCCGCAUGGCACAUCCUUCCUUGGGAGCGCGCCCGAGAUGGACUUAAGCCACCUCCUGCUUGAUGACUCGCAUGGGAGUGAGCGGCGUUUUGGAAAUGGCAGGUAGGACAACGAGAUAGGUGUUUUUCGUGAUGACUCUCUGCGUCAAGUCUUGGAGCUGAGCUGGAGGUCUCGGUACCUGUUUUCGUUGAUGAUUCAAGAGAGUAAUAUGGCCUUUACAUGUCUAAAACUUGGGCUUUGGGGUUGUCAUCUAGGUUUCCGAGGAUUCUAUAUUCUCGGCGUGGAUGCCGCUGUGUUUGGCGUUAGCAGCACUCGACGUUGCAUCCACGCUUGUCCGUCGAAGUCAGGGGCUGGCAUAUGGUGUAUGGGUCCACUUGGGGUUUACAGGUUAGAUGAGGGAGCAAUCCCCGCCUCGGGACGAGAAUCACUUCUCACAUGGCGGAUAGUGGUGUUUUGGUGAUAUCCUGCGAAUAGCAUAGCAACUUCCUGUCCUUUCAGCACUUGCGCGCCCAACGACUUAUACCGUCAUGAACAGGUCUAAGAAUGAAAACGCAA